GGAAGCUGUUAGGUCUCAGUCAAAGUACAUACAUAGACAAGGUCCUUGCUAGAUUCAGCAUGUCUGAGUCGAAACGAGGAAGUUUGCCUAUGGCCCAAGGCACGAGUCUUUCCAAGACUCAGGGUGCUUCCACUCCGGAGGAAGUAGAACGCAUGAGAAAUGUUCCUUAUGCGUCGGCCAUUGGAUCCAUCAUGUAUGCGAUGGUAUGUACGAGACCUGAUGUCGCCUUUGCUCUGAGUGUCACGAGUAGAUACCAGUCCAACCCUGGCGAAAGCCAUUGGACGGCUGUGAAGAACAUCCUUAAAUACUUCCGUAGGACUAAGGAUGCCUUCCUGGUAUAUGGCGGAAAAGAAGAGCUCAGUAUUGUUGGAUAUACUGAUGCCAGCUUCCAAACUGAUAGAGAUGACUUCAAGUCGCAGGCAGGCAUCAAGAACCCUAUACCGUUGUUUUGCGACAACAAUGGGGCAAUUGCACAAGCGAAAGAACCUCGGUCUCACCAGAAGACCAAACACAUCGUUAGACGUUAUCACAUCAUACGAGAAAUCGUUGCACGUGGGGACGUUGAGAUUUGCAAGAUAGGGGAUACUGCUCAGAAAGGGGAUCCUGCUCUUGAGGAUGGGUUAUAACUUCAAGGCCAGUUUUAGGUUGUUUCCUAAAGCCUUCUUUUGAACACACAUAUGUUUUCCAAGUUUUAUCCCCAUUUCUACUUUUUGAAGAUGAACCACAACGCAUGCUAAACCCCGAUUCCCGGGCAUACUGAUUGUAGAACGCUUGGCAUUCUACAAAACUCGAAAAAACUUGACCUAUUUUA